AUGGCUCUCGCACCCAAGUUCGCCGGCCAGAAAUUCGUGGCUAAAGCCUCACCAGAAACCCUCCACACCCUGGAGCUCUACCUCGACUACGUCUGCCCCUUCAGCAAAAAACAAUUCGACACAAUCUACGACCAAGUCUUCCCCCUCAUCAAACAAAAAUACCCCGACAAAAUCCAAUUCAUCUUCCGCCAACAAAUCCAACCCUGGCACCCCUCCUCCACCCUCGUCCACGAAGCCGGCGUAGCAGUCCUCCAAACUGCCCCCAACAAAUUCUGGGAUUUCAGCAAAGCCCUCUUCGCCGCACAAACAGAAUAUUUCGAUGCCAAUGUCGUGAACGAGAAACGAAAUGAUACUUAUAAACGCUUGGCGAAACUUGCGGGGACUGUAGGGAUUGACGAAAAAGAUAUUUAUAGUCGAUUGGAGAUUUCUGAUAAGCCGGAUAAGGAUGGAGGGUUGAAUGGAGGGAAUCAGGUGACGAAUGAUAUUAAAUUGUUGGUGAAGGCGAAUCGGUUGCAGGGGAUUCAUGUUACGCCGACGGUUAUGUUUAAUGGAUACCCAGAGAACGGCAUCUCGUCGAGCUUCAGCAAGGAUGACUGGGAGAAGUGGUUGGAGAAGAAUAUUGUGUGA